AUGAACGCCUCAGCCAACCUCCGCGCCUCAAUGAUUCGCGCAUCGGUGCUGAUCCCAGUACCCCCGGGCCCUUCACGAUUCGAUCCUGUUGCGGCCGCCCAUUCUCGGGGAAUCGAAGUCGGCGAAGGGGAAAGGCGUCGGGUUGUACAAACUCUAAACUACCUCGAGUAUCGUGUACGAUGCGACAUGGAUCGAGAGGCAGCUCUUCCAUCGCCCGUAAAAGAGUAUUCGAUUGAAGAUCCUGCCAUCGAGGUUGAAGGCUCACAGCGAUCCCAGCUGAAACGAAUGUUUACAAUAUUUCCUUACAGAGAUAUGAACUGGAUUGUCACGAUGCUAUUUGUGGUUGGCAGCGUAUCUUUCGUUAUCAAUGCAGGAUUCGGGCUCUUUCCUGCCCUCGAGCCAAGCCUCGCUUUCGAUACUCUCCCAACCGUUGCUCUCCCUGCGACCAUUACAAUCGGAGCCACCAUGUUCAUGUCCGGAGGCAUUCUCGGCAUCUUCGCCGCUUUCAAUGCCGACCGCGGCACCCUCGAGAAGAGCGGCACCAAGUCCAUCGAUAACAACAUCCCGGCCAUUUAUCGACCCGCCCUUAUUGGCUCUGAAGCAUGGCUCUGGAUCCCAUCUGCAGCCGAUUUCGCCAGUCUUCUACGGACUGUUCCUUUCCAGGCUGGUUUGGUGAUGCUUUCCGGCGGUUUGAUCCUCUCCGUAGCCGCAGUGGCUGGCCUCCCAGGAGUUCUCAACCCGAUGGAUCUUUUUCUCACCCAGGCUCUGGUCUUCAUGCCACAAGUAAUUGGAGGAACCCUAUUCUUCAUUGCCAAUAUGACUCUCGUCAUACAUGUCCAGACAGACUGGUAUAAACCAAGAAUCCUUGCGGGCGAAUGGCAAGGGGCGGCUUGGAAUGCAGUGGCAUCCGCCGGUUUCAUUGUGACCGGUGUGUUGCUCUUGAACAAUCACAUCUUUGAGAGCUCAGUUGUUGGGUUUGUUGCAAGUACCGCCUUUUUGAUAGGGAGUAUCAUUCAAUGGUAUCUACUCAUGGAGUUUCAUCCAACUCGUUGGGCAUCUUAA